CCUGUCAAAUAUUUUUUAGAAAAGAUUUAGAAACAGCUCGCUCUAAAGCAGGAGUGGUAAACGUCAGGUAAACCUUUCAAAAAGGUAGUUUUCAAGUUGGUAAGUUUCUCACUUUAUAUACUCCGACACAGUAGGUAUGUGACGAUUAUAUAAAAUUAUCUAGGAAAUAAUAUAUGGACGGGGAAUAAGUUCGUCUUGACUCAUACAAAGAAAUUAUGUUUCUAAAAUACAUGUAUCAUCCAUUCAUCUUUUUAAGCGCCUUUACCGGAAUCUCGCAGGUGAACGCUUUUCGGUAACGUUCAAAUGGUAUCCGUCAGUACUGACAUUGCUGUGCAGAAGUAACAGUACAGACCAAAAGCACGUUAAGUCUUGAUCUCUUGCGCUUUCUGACAAUUAGAAAGCAAAAAUUUUGGCAAAACUUAUUACGUGUAGAAAGCCGUCUUAAAAAUAGCUGGAUCCUGGCAAAAAAAAAUUUAUAAAUCCACCCCAGCUCUGCCCUACAGUAAAUGGGGCAACGCUGAUGUUUAAUUAAUUAAUCGAACUUGCAUCUAGUGCAAAAAAAGUUAAUAGUGUAUUAUCAAGUGGAAGUUAAAGUUAUUUAUGAAUAAUUAACAUUUAAGGGACAGUGUUUUUUGGUAUGAGAUUCAUUUCUUUGAUAAUGUUACUAGGCGUUGCGACAGUUCUACAGCUGGCAACUGAGUGCAGAACAAGCCUGGCUGUGUGCCUCCGGUUGUCCAAAGUGCAACAUCUACUCCCAGGAUACUACAUCUGACUCUGGAAAGAUACUUCAGUACUCCAUGAUGGCACAGUCACCUCUGCAUCUAGGAUCCAUGGGGAUGUACAGCCUGAAAAGGCUGCCACACAGAGGAGAAUUGUCCCCCAAGUCAAGCCCUGUCCUGUCCCACCGCACACUUUUUGGAUCGCAAAACUCUGGAACAGGCUGUCAGGGGGCCUACACUCUACCUGCAGCCAGAAAUUUCAAGCAUUACACUCACUCAGAAAUGCUACGCAGCCAGGGAGUACAGGCCCCUCCGCAGACAAACCAGAACAAGGGCAGCCUGCACAGAUCUUACAGGAAACAGAGAUUCCUCCCUGGUCAGCAACAGGUAGGCAGCCUGACCGCAGGCCGAAGGAAAGGCAAGGACCAAGGCAACAGGCAGGAUUCCUGUGCGGCUUCAUUUGCUAGCAUGGAGCUGGACAGUCGGGUGGAGCAGACAGGGAGUAUGAAGGCUGCUGCCAAGCUGGAGAAGCAGAAUGGUCAACAACAGGCAGGUAGCCUGUCCCUCCUAACCGCAGGCCAAGGGAAAGGCAAGGACCAAGGCAACAGGCAGGAUUCCUGUGUGGCUUCAUUUGCUAGCAUGGAGCUGGACAGUCGGGUGGGGCAGACAGGGAGUAUGAAGGCUGCUGCCAAGCUGGAGAAGCAGAAUGGUCAACAACAGGCAGGUAGCCUGUCCCUCCUAACCGCAGGCCAAGGGAAAGGCAAGGACCAAGGCAACAGGCAGGAUUCCUGUGUGGCUUCAUUUGCUAGCAUGGAGCUGGACAGUCGGGUGGGGCAGACAGGGAGUAUGAAGGCUGCUGCCAAGCUGGAGAAGCAGAAUGGUCAACAACAGGCAGGUAGCCUGUCCCUCCUAACCGCAGGCCGAGGGAAAGGCAAGGACCAAGGCAACAGGCAGGACUUCUGUACAACUUCGUUUGCUAGCAAUGAGCUGGACAGUUGGGUGAAGCAGACAGUGAAUAUGAAGGCUGCUGCCAAGCUGGAGGAGCAGAAUGGUCAACAACAGGCAGGUAGCCUGUCCCUCCUAACCGCAGGCCGAGGGAAAGGCAAGGACCAAGGCAACAGGCAGGACUUCUGUACAACUUCGUUUGCUAGCAAUGAGCUGGACAGUUGGGUGAAGCAGACAGUGAAUAUGAAGGCUGCUGCCAAGCUGGAGAACCAGAAUGGUGUUCGUGUAAUGAAUGGGCGGAAGGAAGAGGGCCACAUAUCAGCACUGACACUGGAGAGGGCCGUGAAGCAGCUCUCCAGCACCAACCCAGACUUGCAGGUUUCUUCUGCAUGUUACAUCCAGCACCAAUGCUUCGUCAAUCCACGGUGUAAGAAGAGGCUACUCAGGUUCGGUGGCAUUCGAAUGCUGCUCCAAGUACUUGGAAGUGACAAUGAAGAGCUGCAGAAGGCUAGCAUCAGCGCGCUGCGCAAUGCUGUUUAUGGAGAAGAUGAAAACAAGAAGGAAGUGCAGGAUCAGAAUGGCAUUAUAACCCUGCUUAACCUGCUAAGCUCCACCAGAGACAUAGAAACAAGGGUGCAGCUCACAGGUUUGCUGUGGAACCUAUCAUCCCACGACUGUCUGAAGGAUCAAAUCUGCAAAGAGGGCCUAGAGAUCCUUACGGAGUCUGUCAUUAUACCCUGCUCGGGUAUUGCUGAGGGGGACAAUCCUAAAGACGACCUCCUGGUCCACCCAGAAAUUUUCUACAAUGCUACAGGCUGUCUGCGCAACCUCAGUUCAAAUGGGCCUCACACUCGCACAGACAUGCGGAAUUGCAACGACCUCAUCGAUGCACUGGUCCAUUAUGUGCAAAGGACCAUUGCGGAUCACAAAGCUGAUGACAAGUCCACAGAGAACUGCGUCUGCAUCCUGCACAACCUGUCUUUCCAGAUGGAUGCGGAAGAACUCCAAGGCCGGCCCACUCCACAGCAGCACCCGGCCCCUGUCGUUAAGGUGGCCGGCUGCUUUGGAUCACGCAGCAAAGAGAUUGCGCAGGUCACAUCGCUCCCCUCACAGGAGGAAAAGAUAAAAGAGGCUAACCCCCAGGGCAAGGAGUGGCUAUCAAGUUACCCCGCGGCACGCAUGUACCUGUCGCUUAUGGCCCGCAGCAAUCGCAAGGGCACACUGGAGGCAGCCAUUGGGGCACUGCUGAAUGCCACUUCCGGCAUCGGAAUGAAGCAGAAAGUCAUGGCCCAGGCCAUCGUGAGAACGGAGAAGAGCCUGCCGAAUCUGAAGAGGAUGCUGUACAACCAAGAGUACGACGUGAGGACAGUCGCGCUGUCCUUGUUGAAUAACAUCUCUCGCCACCACGAGCUGCACGAUGAACUGGUGUCACAGGUCUUACGUGAACUGAUCAACAUGCUGCCAGUCCAAUCCAGUGAAGAAAUGCCCAUUGAGAUUACCUUGCUACUCUGUCGCAUCCUUACCAACCUGAGCCAGUACGAAAUCAAGCAUGCGGAGGCUAUCAUCAACCAUGGCGGCCUGGCGAGGAUCAUGAACAUCAAGGGGAUCAGCUCUCCCAAGGUCUGCGAAGCUGUUUCACCCUUGCUCCAAGCCAUGUGGCAACACAAAGACCUGCGUCCUUCAUACAUCAAUGCUGGAUACAGGAAGGGAGAUUUCAUCAAGAGCAGGACAAAGAAAGCUGCCAGUUUUGCAGGGAAUACUGAAGAACCAAACAUGAACUGGAGGCUGCCAAAAAGACCACCACCUAGUGGCAGUGGAAAGCCGAGCAGCUGAUCCAGCAGCUUCGUCCUAUUCCUUUUCUUUGCAUUAAUGCCCUCAGUGCCAGAAUGAGUUAUUUGUUACUGACAAAGGAGAAAUGUAAUUUACAGGAACAAAAUAUAAUUGUGAAAGAGUGAGGUAGGUCAUCCCAGGGAGAGAGAUGAUAUUUUUGCAUGUUUGAAUACUCUUUAUAUUAAUGAAGUCUACAGCUGAACAGCUUGAACUGUCAGUUUGUUGAUAAAUUGCACAUGUAAAUAUUGUAUAUCCGGGACUGUUCCCUGUAUCAAAUUGUACCAGGCCAAAUAUCAGGUACCUGUAACCAGCACAAACAUACAAUAUUGCAAUAAAACUUAAUCAUAAUUCACAGCCCACAACGACAGCUAUGUAGCCUGAGCAGAUGGGCCAUGUCCACACUCACUUCACACAAACACACAAUAUAAGCUUCCCAAGAAAGAGUGUUUAAGUUGGUGGCAGUGACAGGAGUGUGACCUGACCUUGGUAUGAGUGCCCCAGAGCUGUGAGGUGUGGGCCAGAGAAGCAGCUCCGAUUUGUGAUGCGAUAGGUAACUGGAAUAGGGAAUAUUCCACUGGAAUAGGGAUCUGCCAUGUCCUGAAGGACCUGGGUUUGAAUCCUGUGGCCAGCAGAGUGCCCAUGUUGCUGUUGGGCCCUAGAGUGAGACCCUUAAUGAAAACUAAAGAAUUCUUCUGUCGUUUAUGUAAAUAAAUUAAUAAACUAAAAAUGCUUCAAUGAAUAAAGCAUCUUAUCCAGA